CUGCACUACCACGAGGGACUAAAGCCACGAACCCCUAAACACCCGGCAGCCCGCCCCACUUCCGCCGGAAGUCAGUCUGGCAGCGGGCGCUGAUGACGUCACCAGCCAGCCGGACGUCUCAGGGCUAGUCUAGCAGGGUGUAUAUCUGUGCGGCUGUUGGCUAGCCCCAAUCCUGCGGCCUCCUGGAGGAACCAUGUCUCCCGCUGUUGUUGGUGCCGCCUGUAGUGCCACGCACACACCGCUACCCAAGAGGCACUGCUAGAGUGGAGCUGCUGACUUCUCUGUGGAUGUUGGGAAUGCCAGAGUUGUGGCUGAAAAAGUAUCCAAUCAGGAGAAAGAUGUAGGCUGGAGACGUUGAAUUACUUGCUGGUCCCUGACAGUUGUGAGCAGUGACUUGGAGGAGUGUGUCAAAGGACAAGGACACCUGAUCCUGGGUGCUGAACUGAUUGUCUCUAGGAGAUGUUUGUUCUGGCCGUGUUGUCAUCAGAUUUUGGGGGGUACUUCCUGCAACAGCAUAUAUGUGAAUAUUUAGGGAAGUAAAAGGAUUUGUUGCUGGAGCCUCAAGGAUGGACUUCCUGGUUCUCUUUUUAUUAUACUUGGCUUUCGGGCUGAUCAGUGUUGUUAUGAUCUGCAUCUGCUCAAAAAGUCAUCAUUUGACUAGACUGGUCCAGGGUGGAACACAGCUAUGUUCCUGUAUAAUUCCACAGUGCCUUCAGAGAGCCACACAGAGAUGGCUUCAUUACUUCUUCCACACACGCAACCACACCUUCAUUGUCCUGCACCUGGUCUUGCAAGGGCUGGUUUAUAUUGAGUAUACCUGGGAAAUAUUUGGCUACUGUCGAGAGCUGGAGUUCUCAAUGUGUUACCUUCUUCUGCCCUAUCUAUGGCUGAUUGUGAACCUCGUUUUCUUCACCUUAACUUGUUUAACCAAUCCUGGCACUGUAACAAAAACAAAUGAAUUAUUAUUUCUUCAAGUUUAUGAAUUUGAUGAUGUGAUGUUUCCAAAGAACAUGAGGUGCUCUACUUGUGGUUUAAAGAAACCAGCUCGAUCCAAGCACUGCAGUGUAUGUAACCGCUGUGUGCACCGUUUUGACCAUCACUGUGUGUGGGUAAACAACUGCAUUGGGGCCUGGAACACCAGGUACUUCCUCAUCUACCUCCUGACAUUGACAGUGUCUGCUGCCACCAUGGCCAUCCUAAGUGCAGCAUUUCUGGUCCGCCUGGUGGUGGUGUCGGAUCUGUACCAGGAAAUGUACAUUGAUGACUUUGGACGCUUCCAGGCUAUGGACACAGUCUUUCUCAUUCAGUACCUGUUCCUGACCUUCCCAAGGAUUGUCUUCUUGCUGGGCUUUGUCGUGGUGCUGAGCUUCCUUCUGGGGGGCUACCUGUGUUUUGCUGUGUACCUGGCUGCUACUAAUCAGACCACGAAUGAGUGGUACAAAGGGGAUUGGGCCUGGUGCCAACACUGCCCUCUGGUGGCCAGGUCCUCAUCAGCCGAAUACCAAGUCUACCAAAACAUUUACUCCCAGGGACUUUGGAACAACCUCCAAGAGAUCUUUCUACUUGCAGGCCCAUGUUAUGAGAGAAAGAAGAAAUAAAUGGAAAGAGUGUUACUGCUUAUCAAAUAUAGUAUACAUUUACUUAUACAUAUGGAUACUUAUUGUCUAGGCAUUGUUUGGUGUCGUGUGUUUAUAAGUCAGCUGUUUAGGUUUUGUGGUGUAUAAACCAGUUUUCAGUGGGAAGGAAGACAGGGUAAGCCAGUGUUUACAUUUUUGCCAGUGGCUGUGGCAGAUCUAUUUGUUUAUCCUCUGUUGGAACCCAGCACCACUGAGGUCCUACUGCAUGGGGUGGGGGGAGCAUCACUUGUCCAAGGUUGUAGGUAACAUUGGGACCUUGAUCUCACUACUCUGGGCACCUGGACAAGAAUGGGUCUUACAGCCAUGUCCCCAGAUGUGAAGCAGGAUCUCAGUGACCCAACACCUUGGGGUUGUGCCUGGCUGCACCCUUUUUAUGUCUCUUCGUAGUCUGUCCCUGUCUCCUGGGGGGGGGGUUCAUAGCCCCUACCACAUCCUCACGAAGGCUUGGCUUUGUGCCAGCCCAGGCACUUUCAGUACUUGUGCCAUCUGUCUUGCCCUCCACUGGCCUCUUCUGGCCAUACUCUUUUCUGCCUUGUUUUAAAAUGCCUGAAGUAAACUGCUAGCUAGUUCAGCGGUGAGAUGAAUGCUAGAAAAGAGGCUUAUAUAAAGUGCUGAUGGGCUUUAGGAGGGUAGGUGGGUUUUCAGGAGCAGGAAGCGGGUGGACCAGACCUUGAAGGCUACCAAGUUUUCUACAGGCCAUUUCAGGCAAGGUGGAGGAAUCAGCAGCAGCCAGUAAGGCCUGGCCUCAGGAGAGGCCUGGGGAACAGGAACCCUGUGGGCAGAGUGGGCACUGAGGGGAAGGAGGCCUUUACCAGGUAUCAUUUGUCCAGAGAAACCUGUGAGUUCGGAAGAGACGCGAUU